AUGGCUACUGCUACAAUUCGACAGCAGCUUGAAAUAUGCAAAGUGUUCAUGAAGUACACGCAUGAGAACGAGGACGUGUUGGCGCAGCUCUGUCACAUGAAGACUGGGCUAGUGCAACUGAAUUACUCAAAAUUGUACGAGAUUUAUCAGGAGCACAAGAAGGAAGCAGAAUCAGAGGAGUUGGAGACGUUCUUUGUGACGAAAUACGGGGAGGAAUUGGAGAAAGACGAGAAGCCAUUUGUCAGAAAAGUGGUGAAGGAAAAGGAGGAAGAGAGAGAGGGAAUGGGAGACGACUGUGAGUCUGAUUCAGCAAAUGAUACGACAGAAUUGGUGAGUCUGAAUGGGGCCAAGAUGAAGAUAGGUCUAACGAGUGAGAUACUGGAGAAGAUUAUUAAGAAGAAGAAGAAUAAGAAGUACUACAGGGAGAUGGGUGUGAAGCAUAAGGACAUGGACAACCAGAUUGACUUCAUGAUUCAGGUGGUGCAGUCAAAUGAGAGGUUUCAGCUCAGGGAGAGUCAGGUGAAUGAGUUUGAUGGAAGAAACAAGAAGAUAAUCGACUACUACAGCGAGAUGGACGUGGAAUUCAGGCAGAUUAUGCGAAGAAUAAACAGCCAGGGAAAGGGUGGGGGGAAAGAGAGCACCCUGACGAGUGACCUGAAAUUCAUAGAGGAAUAUUUCAGAAGGCAUUUUGGGAUAGAGGUGACGAAGACAAACACGAACAAGUUGGCAAACACGGUAGUGGAGAUAAUGCGGGAGUUACAGAGGAGGAUAUUCAGCACAGAUGACGAGAAGGAGACAGAUAUGCUACUGUUCUUCAAAAACAGACUCUAUUCAUUCUACAACUUCUAUAGGAAGUAG